AUGGCUUCCCACAAAGAGGUCUGUAUGGCAAAGUGGACUAAGCCUUUGACCAAUGAGCUUGUAAGCUUGUUGGUAACAAGAGGUAACAAAGGAAAUCGCACCACUUCUACCUUCAACAAAACAGGAUGGAAUAACAUACAUGCCGAAUUCAAUAGCCGGAUGGGACUCAACUUUAGUAUAAUUCAGUUGAAGAACAGGGUCAACAAACUAAAGAAACAGUAUAGUAGUUUCAAGAAACUUUUAUCACAAUCUAGAUUUGGAUGGGAAAAUAUAAAUAAUAAGGUUGCUGUGGAUGAUCAAAGUGUGUGGGAGUCUCACAUCAAGAAUAAUAGCAAAUGGGUUAAAUUCAAAAAUGAUGGGUUUCCUCAGUAUCCUGAUUUAUGUAUCGUGUUUGGUGAUACAUAUGCUACUGGGAACUAUGCAUUAGGAAAUGCAGAAGAAGUGGUAGGAUAUGCUGAAGAAGUGGUAGUGUCCUCUGAGAGAGAUGACAAUGGUGGUGACAAUGGUGAUGGUGGUAGUGGUUAUGCAGUAUGUGAUCCAGAGGAAUUUGAUGAAUAG